AUGACAUUAGAUAUUUCUAAGUUCAAUCCAAGACAAAUUCCACAUACCGAAGAAAGACAAACAUUGUUAGAAGCAAACAAGAGUGUAUAUGAACUGUUCAUAGAUGAAACUGACUUUGUGUCAUUAGAUGAAAGGUCAUUGUACGAUUCGUAUAAACAAUAUUGUCAAGAAUAUGGUUAUAUGGCAGCGUCUAAACGUACAUUCUUGGCAAAUGUCAAAAGUCUUUUAGAUGUUCAGAACGGCGUAUAUACAAAGAAAAAUUUUUAUGAGUAA